AUGGUGCGGAAACUUGAACCGCUGAAAGACCUACCUAUUCCAAUCGUCGAAGAUAUUCUUUAUCGACCACUAAGUGACCUCCUGAACGAUGAGGUGGACAUUCCUGUAAAAGACAUACGCACCUGGGUACAUCGAUCGUCCGCAGAUCGUAUGGAAGAAGCCAAGAAAAAGGAAAAGAUUACGCGACCAAUGAAUGCGUUCUUACUCUACCGAUUUGCCUACUAUGGGCUUUUCAAGGAGUAUUUGCGACAGAAGGAUCACCGCAGCGAUGGACAAGCUAUCUCCAAGGCCAUUGGGCUGAAAUGGCGGAGUGAAGAAAGGGCUGUUCGAUGCAAUUUUGAAGAGCUAGCAAGCAUCGAGCGCCAUCACCACUCCACGCUGCAAUCCAGGUUCAACCAGUCCACCUUUAAGAGGCUCCAGUCGCGUAUUAAGCGGGUAUCAUCAUCUCCCACCAGCCCAGAUACAGAAAUGCGCGGCGAGUCUGUCAACAGCCAGAAUGACAAAAGACCUUCCCCGGAAGCUGCUUCACUAGUCAUUGAACAGCCAGAACGACAAUUUGGCCACCCCGUCGGCUUACAGUGGCCUGCAAUACCUGACUGGGGAAUUAUGGAUAGCUCGCCGGUGCCGCCAGAGAUAUUCUCCAGCCCCUGCCAUCUUGACAAUACGCCGUACCAAUAUGGCGACCUAGCAAGUGCUAGUUUCCACAACAAUUCCUCGGACGAGCAUUGGUCUGAGCUGCAUAGCCAGCCAAUAUGCGUCGGCUAUAUCAAUCCUCAACUUUUGCUCCAGUAG